AUGGGGUCCUUCGAUCCUGCCGGAGUACCAAUUUACGAUAUUCGCUCAGACAAGUCGGACCAGUCUCUUUUAGAGACACUUAGUCGCUCGUUGAAUCCUGUUGAUGGAGAGGCUCGCACAUUUCCGACUUUGUUACUAUAUGAUGAAAAAGGAUUGAAGCUGUUUGAGGAGAUCACCUAUGUGGAUGAAUACUACCUUACCAACGCUGAAAUCGAGGCCCUGAGUAGACAUGCCAGUGCCAUUGCCUCACGGAUCCCAGCAAACGCUCGUUUAGUGGAACUUGGAAGCGGAAACCUCCGUAAGAUCGAUAUCUUACUGAGAGCGUUCGAAAAGGCCCAAAAGCCCGUAGAAUACUACGCACUAGACCUUUCUUUGUCAGAGCUCAAGCGGACAUUUUCCGAACUCGAUGUCACCGCAUAUCGAUAUGUCACCUUCAAUGCCUUGCACGGCACAUACGAUGACGCUCUGGACUGGCUGAAAAGGGUUCGGAAGGAUGAUCGAAGCACUUGUAUAAUGACUAUGGGUUCAUCGAUUGGCAACUUCACGCCCGAGAACGCUGCUCGAUUUCUUGCCAACUUCAAAGAAGCGCUUACAUCGUCGGACUCUAUCCUUGUAGGAAUCGACGGUUGUCAGCAACCAGACCGCGUUUACCGAGCCUAUAACGACACUCCGCGGGUUACGGAGAAGUUUUACCGCAAUGGCCUAUCACAUGCCAAUGCUAUCCUCGGCUAUGAUGCAUUCAAGCAGCAUGAAUGGCAGAUCGAAGGCCUUUACGAUGAAAAGCUCAACAAGCAUCAGGCCUCAUAUGUUGCUCUGACAGACAUCCACACUGGAAAUUUCUCUUUCACAAAGGGUGAAAAGAUCCAUCUGGAAGACGCCUUCAAAUAUUCCGAAGCGCAAAGCGCUGAAAUGUUUCAUCAGGCUGGACUGAUUCCGCAAAUGGCGUACACCAACAAUGCUAAUGACUAUUUCAUUCAUCUUCUCUCUCCUGCCACGAUUAAUUUUCCUACAGAUGCUGCAGAAUUUGCCGCAAGCCCUGUGCCAACCUUGAAUGACUGGCAACAGUUGUGGGCUGCGUGGGACAUAGUCACCAAAUCCAUGGUCCCAAGAGAAGAGCUUCUGAACAAGCCCAUCAAAUUACGAAAUGAUUUGAUUUUUUAUCUGGGCCAUAUUCCCACAUUUGCAGACAUUCAUGUCACCAAGGCUACAGGUGGAAAACCUACCGACCCUGCAUUUUAUUGGACAAUUUUCGAACGAGGAAUUGACCCUGACGUUGAUAAUCCCGAAGUAUGCCACGACCACAGUGAGAUUCCGGACUCGUGGCCACCGCUUGACGAUAUCCUCAACUACCAGAACCGCGUACGAACUCGAAUCACCGCGAAGAUCAACAAUGGUGAAGCUUUCACCGACCGCAAACUCGGGCGAGCCCUCUGGCUAGCCUAUGAGCAUGAAGCGAUGCAUCUGGAAACAUUCCUUUACAUGCUUCUCCAGUCUGAGCGUGUUCUCCCGCCCCCGGGCGAGUGUGUCCCCGAUUUCAAGCCUCUAGCAGCAGAAGCUCGAGCACGCCGUGUUCCAAACAAAUGGCACAAGAUUCCCGCCAGCACAGUCAAGAUUGGGCUAGACGAUGCUGAGAACGACGACGGCCCGGAUAGGUACUUUGGCUGGGACAACGAGCGCCCUUCACGCACCGUUCAAGUCCACGAAUUCGAAGCGCAAGCCAGACCGAUUAGUAACGGUGAAUAUGCGCGAUUCCUCGAGAUCACCAAGCAACAGGUUCUUCCCGCAUCAUGGACUGCAUCCCCGUCAUCGUACGCAAACGGUACAAACGGCGGGACCAACGGCAACGAGGAUACCACGGAUACUGCCAGCCUGUCUUGGGUUCAAGGGAAAUCAGUCCGUUCCGUGUACGGCCUCGUCCCACUCCAAUACGCCCUUGACUGGCCUGUCAUGGCAUCGUACAAUGAGCUUGCAGCUUAUGCCGAAUGGUCCAACGGGCGGAUUCCGACCGUCGAAGAGGCGCGGAGCCUGUAUCAGUAUGCGCACGGUCAGCAGGACAGCACCGUGCAGAAGGUUUCGAGUAAAUUGAUCUCAGCAGUGAACGGGCAUCUCUUGAACGAGGGCGUUGAAGAAACACCACCACACGACCCUUCGCUUCCCACCGGCGCUGCCUCGAACGGCAGAAGUGCGGCAAACCCACGAUCCAACCUCGACCCAAACGAUCUCUUCAUCCCAUUGGCCACUCACAACGUCGCGUUCCGCAACUUCCACCCGACCCCUGUCACCGGCCACGACAGGCUUCGCGGCCAGGCCGACGCCGGCGGUCUCUGGGAAUGGACGAGCACGACCCUCGCGCCUCACGAAGGCUUCUCCGCCAUGAAGCUGUACCCUGGAUACACGGCGGAUUUCUUCGAUGACAAGCACAACAUCUGUCUAGGCGGAAGCUGGGCCACCGUCCCGCGCAUCGCACUGAGAAAGACGUUUGUGAACUGGUAUCAGAGAAACUAUCCCUAUGUGUGGUGCACAGCCAGACUUGUCAGGGACACGCCUACCGCCUAG